AUGUUUGUUGUGACGUUGUUGCAUGGCACCUGCACACACACACACACGCAGCGCCUGCAUCCCUCCCUUUUGUGUCCGCCCUCUGCCGGAGUGGCCACACACACGGGCAGCAGCAAAAUCACUUCACCCUUGACUUUCCAAAAUCAACACCGACAUCCCUCGCGACGCAAAGAUCUCAGUUGCCAGCACGGGCUUCCUGUCGCUCUGCCAUCGACGCUGAAACACGGCACAGUGCACGCACUUAUUUUCCUCGUGUGCAGUCAGCCGUUUGCUUCACACAUUAUUCGAUGGGCUGACGUACACAAAAGCACGUCACAAAAGGCCACUGUGACCGCACACGCUCUUGCGAUGAGCGUCGGUGCGUGCAUGGAUCCGCUGCUCACACGUGCUGGCAGGCAGCCUGCAGCUGGUGCCCUCGUGCCAGUUCAUCCGCUCCAGCAUGGGAAAGAGAAAACGGACUAUUCCCGAUGCACUCAUUCCCACCAGCAGCACCAACACGCUGGUCGCCAGCCGUCAUUCCUCAGCACAUCCGGGAAUGCUGAAAAGUGA